AUAUUUUAAACCGAAUAAUUAUGUCGAAAUCUUCAAGAUCACGGACCGGCUGCGUAAGAGAUGUUUCUUAAAACUGUGUUACAUUUUUUAAAUGAAGAUUAUGUAAAAAACUUCAAUGCUAAAAGAGCAGAUUUUGUUUUAUGGUCAGUGUGUAGAUUCUUAAUUAUUUUAGUUCUGGUUAAUUUGUGACGAUGAGUGUACUUAGUGGCGGUGUUUUAGUUUUAAUUGUAGUUUUAUAUUUUGGACGAGCUUUAUGUGAUGUACCAGAUGACCAAUAUGCCCUUAUGCCAGAAUUAUUCCACUUGGACAAUUUUGACCAUUGCAUGUUGAACCAAAAUGAGGCUCUUUAUUGUACUUUUACUUAUCAACUGAGACCUUUGGACAAAAAUAGUUUAAUAUGGAAUAUAAUUCAGAAUGUAAGUUCCAGUCCUCAAAAUUACAAUCACACUCAACUACGUCAUGGAUUGUGUGUCCCAACAAGCUGUCCAGAUGAAUACAAUAAUUCAGAUUCCACCCUAGAAGCAAUCCAGUUUUGCUAUGACCAAAAAAUGAGUUUACUAGGAUUAGCUGGAAACGUCACAACACUGGAUUGUCAAGGUGCAACAUCCAGAUAUCCUGUAGACUUAUUUGAUUGGGUGGUAGCGGGAGUACUUGGUGCAUAUGUUUUGUUCGUAUUGUUUGCUUCGCUUUAUGAAGAAAAAGUUAUAAGGAAGUCGAUAUAUAUAAGCAAAUCAUUAGCUGGCAGAAUUAUUGAAGCAUUCUCUGUGCCAAAAAACUGGAAUAGACUUGUUGCUGCAUCGCCCAGUUCUGAUCAUAAAAAAUUAAGGGUUAUCCAAGGAUUGCGGUUUUUUACUAUGUUCGGAGUUAUCCUGUCUCAUACAUUGAUGGGUAUAUUCUAUGGUCCUGUUUCUAAUACGCAAUACACAGAAAAUAUGACAAAGGAUAUUCUGAACAUGCUGGUUGCACAAGGAUUUUACGUGGUCCAAACAUUUUUCAUGAUAUCAGGAUUCCUAUUUUCCUAUCAGUUUUUCGAAAAAAGAUCCAUGGAUAAAAAAGUCGACAACUCAUUUUUUAUGUGGUCACUCUUCUUCAGGUACAUUAGAAUGACACCAACUUUAUUGGUGGUAUGGGCGAUUCACAGCACUUGGCUUGUUCAUCUUUAUAACGGUCCAUACUGGGACUCGAUCGUAGGAGAUGAGUACCGGAACUGCAGAAAAAAUGGAUGGAGCAAUUUUCUUUACAUCAAUAACAUGCUUUACCCUGAUAAAAUGUGCCUUCAACAAACAUGGUACCUAGCAGUGGAUAUGCAAGUUUUCAUACUUGGUUUAAUAGCUCUAUUUAUUAUCAACAAAUACCCUAAAAAGAUGUAUCAUAUAUUUGGAAUUAUUCUCACAGUAUCAUUGAUUAUACCAGGAAUUGUGGCGUAUGUUGAAAAUCAUGAUAUAUUGUUUAGACAGUAUCCAGAAACUCUGUAUGGUUUGAACGGACUCACUCAAAAGAUCUACCAUGACUUGUUUAUUUCGACAUACAGCAAUUUGUUUGGAUUUUUCAUUGGAAUGGUUUUUGGUCACAUUUUUGUUCAGCACAAGGAAAAAGAUCUUCGAAACAAUAAAGUUUUGUCAUUUUUAUGGUGGAUAUUCUCGUUUGGUCUAUGUCUCUCAGUUAUUAUGAUAGCUGCAGUAUUCUACGACAUGAAUUAUAAGUAUACAGCUCUUGAAAGUGCUUUGUAUUGGGCACUUGGUAAAAACAUUUUUGCACUUGGCAUGAGCGUCAUGCUUCUAGGAUUUAUAUACAGAAUAGGUGGUAUCACAGUGUGGUUAAUGGAUAGAGAAAUCGUUCAAGUCUUAGGAAAACUCACGUUCAGCUGUUAUAUGAUACAUGUGGUAUUCAUUAAAAUGGAGAUUGGCUACAAGAGGUAUCCUGUAUCUAUCAAUGACACUAAAAUUUUUAUAGCUGUCAUUGGAGAUGUCGGAAUUUCCUACUUAGCUGGACUUCUGCUGUGUCUACUGGUGGAAAUGCCCAUGUCAGCUAUACAGAAAAUACUGAUGUCAAAACCUCCAAAAAUGCCACCUAGAAAGCCUAUAAAUACUAUUGCAGGAAGUAAUAUAGUAAGACAUUAUAUGGAACAAGAUACAACAUUUACAAAAGUAUAAGUUAAAUAGAGAACAGACAUAUUUUAGGUAAAAUUAAGUUUUUAUUUUG